CUUUUCUUUGUUUCUAACUUCAUACUAAGUUUUUCCCGCCAAACUAUUAUUUUUGUGUAUUUACUACUUACAUUCAGGCAAAUUAUUUGAUUCAAAAUAAUAAUGGAUGUUGCGGGUAUUAAUAUUGUCCAAAGACAACACCGUGACGAAAUUGGGAUAAGGUGCCAGAAGCUAUUUCAGGAUUUUUUAGAAGAGUAUAAAGAAGAAGGCGAACUUAAGUAUUUAGAUCCAGCUUUGGAACUUCAAAACGAAGAACGCAGCACUAUUGAAAUAAGUUUCGAAGAUGUUGAAAAAUAUAAUCAGAAUCUUGCCACUACCAUCAUUGAGGAAUAUUUCAGAAUUUAUCCAUUCCUUUGUCAGGCCGUAGCCAAUUUCGUUAAAGAUAGAGCAGGACUUAAAACUGAAAAAGAUUGUUAUAUUAGCUUCAUGGAUGUGCCAACCAGGCACAAAGUUAGGGAACUUAAAACUGAUAAAAUUGGUACUUUAGUGAGAAUAUCUGGACAAGUUAUUCGUACUCAUCCUGUACAUCCUGAAUUGAUUUCCGGUACAUUUAGCUGCGUGGAUUGCCAAACCAUUAUUAAAAAUAUUGAACAACAAUUCAAGUAUACAAAUCCGACAAUCUGCCGAAAUCCUGUUUGCAGUAAUCGCCGAAAAUUUUUAUUAGAUAUAGACAAAUCACGGUUUGUAGAUUUUCAAAAAGUUCGAAUUCAAGAAACGCAAGCGGAACUACCAAGAGGAUGCAUCCCGAGGAGUGUAGAAGUCGUGCUCAGAGCCGAAAACGUUGAAACAGUUCAAGCUGGUGACCGUUACGAUUUCACUGGAACCCUCAUAGUGGUUCCCGAUGUUGGAGCUCUCGCCUUACCUGGUGGCAAAACCCAAAUUGGAGCAAGAAGUAGACGUCCGGAAGAAUCGGAAGGCGUUAGAGGACUGAAGGCCUUAGGUGUUAGAGACCUUCAUUAUCGUAUGGCAUUUUUAGCCUGCAGCGUUCAACCUACCAUUGCAAAAUUCGGCGGUAUUGAAAUGCCGUUGGGGGAAAUUACACCUGAAAUUAUGAAACAGCAAAUGACGGAAGGAGAGUGGACGCACAUGUACGAGAUGUCGCACGACAAGAACUUGUAUGUUAAUAUGAUUAACAGCUUGUUUCCAAGUAUACACGGGAACGAGGAGGUGAAAAAGGGGAUUUUGCUUAUGCUGUUUGGAGGAGUUUCGAAGACUACGAUAGAAGGUACUUCAUUAAGAGGAGACAUAAACUGUUGCAUCGUUGGAGAUCCCAGUACAGCCAAAAGCCAGUUCUUGAAACAAGUCUCCGAAUUUUCCCCUCGAGCAGUUUACACGUCCGGUAAAGCUUCUUCUGCAGCUGGUCUAACAGCAGCAGUCGUAAGAGACGAAGAAACGUCAGACUUCGUCAUCGAAGCCGGCGCUCUCAUGUUGGCAGACAACGGAGUCUGUUGCAUAGACGAAUUCGACAAAAUGGAACUCAAAGACCAAGUCUCCAUUCACGAAGCUAUGGAACAGCAAACCAUAUCUAUCGCCAAAGCGGGCGUUAGAGCUACAUUAAACGCUAGAACGUCGAUCCUAGCCGCAGCUAAUCCCAUCGGAGGACGAUACGAUCGCGCUAAAUCGUUACAACAAAACAUCAAUCUUUCAGCUCCGAUUAUGUCCAGAUUCGAUUUGUUUUUCAUCCUCGUAGACGAAUGUAACGAAGUUAUAGAUUACGCCAUCGCAAGAAAAAUCGUAGACUUGCAUUGCAACAUCGAGGAAAGCGUAGAAAAAGUUUACACGAAACAAGAAGUCUUGCAAUACAUCAGUUUCGCUAAAAAAUUCAAACCGAUUAUAAACAAAGAAGCGGGAAACUUGCUAGUUCACUAUUACAACAGAUUGAGACUGAGAGAUAGCACCAGUACGGGAAAAUCGACUUGGAGAAUAACCGUGAGACAAUUGGAAAGCAUGAUUCGACUUUCCGAAGCUAUGGCUAGAAUGGAUAUAUCCGAUGAAGUGCAGCCGAAGCACGUUCGCGAAGCUUACCGGUUGUUGAAUAAAUCCAUCAUUAGAGUAGAGCAACCCGAUAUUCAGUUGGGCGAUGAACAAGAGGAUGCUGUUGGUGAUAAGGAACCGAACGCACUUGAUACUCCCGAACCUUCUCAGACUCCCAAGAAAAAGAAGAUGGUGUUGAGUUUUGAGGAGUACAAAACGAUAAGUAAUAUGAUAGUUGUGCAUAUGAGGAAGGAAGAAACCAGAAUGGAAGCAGAGGGCAAAGAAGGAAUUCAUAGGAGCGAUGUAGUUGAAUGGUACCUAAACCAAGUAGCUGACCAGAUAGAAAACGAAGAAGAAUUGAUCGAAAAGAAAGAUAUGUUUGAGAAAGUUCUGGAUCGUCUUAUUUAUUCUGACCAAAUCAUCAUUCCUCUGACCCGGGUAGGAUUAAAAGGUUCAGAUCAAACCGAAGAAGAAGAAGAUCCGUUGGUGGUUGUUCAUCCAAAUUACAUCAUUGAAUAAUUUUGCACUUGAUUUUAAAUUAAUUUAAGUUUUUAUUAUUAGUAUUUUUAUUAUUAAAAGCAAUUAUUGGUAAAUAUUACACUAGUUUUAUAUAUUUAUUUUUUAUAACCAAACGAAGUA